AUGUCGGAAUCCAACUCGUCUUCACCCACUCAUAAUCGUUCCGACACUAAUAUUACCCGCUAUCCUCCUUCCACGACCUCACGACCUCACAUACUCCUAGAAGAACGAGAAGAAGAACACCCUUCUGCACGACCUACACGCGAAUACAGAGAGCCUCUCACCGUACGUCUCUCACCGCCCCCACCCCCGCCCUCGGAGCCACAGGGAGCCCCCCAAUCGAGUCCUGCUCGCAGUAGCCCCCACACCACCGCACACACCGCCUACACACCCAGCAAUACCUCCUUCGCCGUCCCCAGCACCAGCACCGCUACAGCCAGCACCAGCUCCACAACCCCACGCAGAAGACAUCGAUCCCGAUCCACGGAACACUCCCCCGACCAACCCAUGGCGAAACGCAUGCGCAGAGAUUCACCUGCCCCGCUUGGCAGGCCCGACGACCACUCCAGCCCGUCGUCAGACUCCCAAGAUGACGACGCCGACAACGAGAUGGACCUCGGUCAACUCCACCGCCCCGAGCCCCUCCCACAGGCCUCUGUACCCCCUAAGAAGAAACGAACACGCACCUUAACGACGCCGCACCAGUCUGCAGUAUUGCACGCGCUGCUUGCCCAGUCACGAUUUCCUACGACCGCUAUGAGAGAAGAAGUCGGGCGUUCUAUCGGGCUCAGCGCUCGGAAAGUCCAGAACCAACGACAGAAGGCAAGGCGACCGCGCAGUCAAAGCGACACCCCGACUGCCCGACCACCCCAAUACGGGCCGUUCCCCAAUGCCGCGGAGACUAUAUCGCAUGUCCAUCGCGGUUUCGAGGAGCGCGGGCACGAUCGCACGCACUACGCUCGCAACCCAUCGCCUGAACAUCAGCAACAGCCAACCACUGAAGAUACAUCAAUUAGAUUACUCGGUCCUGGCAUGCCAGGCGCGCCGGUAUACGCACCCCAAAGUUAUCGGCAAGUGAGGCCCCCGCCCAUAUCAACUGCGAUGCCCGUAGAAUCGCGUUAUCAAGCUGGAUAUAGCCUCCCGCGAGUCCUAAGCCCGCAGCCGUAUAGCUCUCCGCGUAUGUACCCGCUCCCCAACGUGCGCCCCGCGACGUCCCAGCCGAGCAGUUGGCGAGAGAGAGACCCGUCGCGCACGCUGCCCCCGCUCGAAUCGACGCGCCCGUCGAGCUCGCACUAUGUGCCUCCACGCAUGCACGCGCCCGGCGCCCAAGUGUUCCCGCCGCCAUCGAGGCCCCCGUUCAUCCCCCACCGGUCGAUUUCGCCCGAGCCUCGAUUCGCGCACCAUCCCCCUGAACCCCCCGCGCCGCGCCAGCCCAUCACACUCCCGCCCCCAUUCACACUUCAGCCGUCGCCACAAUGGGACGAGGCAUCGUACGUCCCGCGGCCCAGCUCGUCGGCGUGGUCCCGCCCCGACUCGCGCUCGACCCGGGGGCGCUCGACGUCACCUGUCGCCCUGCGCCGGGAACACAUUGGGAGCAGUCUGACGGAAGGCAGCGGCUCUUCUGAUACUUAUUAUCUAGCCGAGCACCCGGCGCAUCUGCAUUCGCCUUCGCCCCGAACUAUGCCGCCCACCACGACCCCGCCCUCACGCUCAGGCCGCUAUGAUCCUGUUCGUGCGACUUAUGUGCCGUUCUCGACACCUACAGUAUCUCCUACCGUAUCUCCUACACAGGCCACGGGAGGCGGCGGCGCGCAUCCUGUUGACGAACGGGCCGAUAGGAAUGAUGUGUCCCCUGCGCAAGAGGACCAACGCUGA